UGAUUGGCUUCAACCUGUCCACAACAGGGCAAGCAGCUUUGUAAAAGACGCCAAUGGUUACGAUUGCGCUGCUUUUGGCGGCUGUGACGACUGCUGUAUCUUCGACAGCUACAUCUCCAUUCAACUGGCAACCGUGCGCAGACUCGCACGACGUUCGCGCCCAGUGUGGAUGGCUGACGGUACCCCUGGACCACCUCGACCCCGCCAACCCCGCGACCAUCGACAUUGCCGUGCGGUUGUAUCGGACUUCUGGUCAUAGCAAGGGCACGAUUGUGCUCAACCCUGGCGGGCCAGGAGGCUCGGGGCUGUCUUUGGCCCAGCCGACGUUCGCCACCCUCACGGGCGGCGAGCACGACUUGCUAGGGUUCGACCCUCGCGGCGUUGGGCUGUCCAGACCAGUCAUGUGCACACAGUCCAGCUACACUGGCAUUGCCGAAGCCAACGAACGUAGCCAGAAACCCAUUCCAUUCGAGCGUGGCAGCAGCGAAACGUCCUUUGAGAGGUACCUGCUGAGCUACGAGCUGCUGGCCAAGCGAUGCCACAAGUACGACGGUCGCGAGUACCUACCGUACCUUUCGACGGCAUUUGUGGCUCGGGACAUGGACCUCAUUCGCGCUGCGUUGGGCGAACAAGUGUUUAAUUUCUAUGGCAUUUCGUAUGGCACGUUCUUGGGGCUCACGUAUGUCAACAUGUUUCCCCAUCGGGUGGGGCGCGUAGUGAUUGACUCGGUAUUGGACCCCGCUUUGUACUUGGGCCCGACGCCCGAGCUCAUGUCGACGUCGUUGGCAGACACGGAAAAGCCCUUUGAAGGAUUCUGCGCCUACUGCGAGGAGGCGGGUCCGGCGCACUGCCCCCUCGCGGACACCGCGCCCCCCCUUCGGCCGUACUUGGCUUCUCGCCUUCGUUCAUUCUUUGACCAACUGAGCGACCAUCCGAUGGUUGUCCCUGCCGGCGACGACUGGACCGUCGUGACCAGCAAAGCCCUGCGCGAAACAAUGUUCAAUUUGAUCAUCUCUCCGUCGAGAUGGCCUCAACUGGCCACUUUGCUCCACUCGUACAUGAACGGCACGGCGUCGACACCAGCGCGUGCCACGUCAUGUACGUCCGACAAGGCCGUGUAUGACGCUGGAAGUACCGCGUGGGUCGUGUACGUGGCGAACGAAGCCGACAAUUCACACACUUUUGCGUCGAGUUGGGAGGAUCAUUUGAAGAAAAGCCAGCAAGUGAGCCCCCUCUUUGGUGGGUCCUGGUACGUCCCGGCGCUACCCGUCAAGUACUGGCGCACCAAAGUCGUCGAGCGGUACGCCGGGCCCUGGAACACCCCCCUGCGCGCCCCCGUGCUGAUUCUAAACAACGAAUUCGACCCCGAAACCCCCCUGUCGUCGGCUCAGGCUGUGGCAGCGUCUAUGGGCCCCACUAAUGGCGUGCUCGUAACCAGAGACGGAUAUGGCCACUUCACGGCUGGCCACCCCAGUCGCUGCCUCCAUCAGAUCGUGACGCAGUUCUUUCACAAUGGCAGCCUCCCCCCACCCAACACCAACUGCCCUGUGGACGGCAACCCCUUCGUACUCCUGGACCGUGCCUUCCAUCAUGCCAAGCAAGCCAUGGAAGUGUUGGCGGACGCCCGAGCGGCUACGCCGUCGCCCCAUCAAGCGACCUACGACGCCCCCAUGACCGAAGAAACGACGACGACGUGGACCCACUGGAUAGGACGGUUGGUAUGGAGUGUGGUGAGAUGGAUCGUGUUGUAAACAAGGUUAUAAUGGGACCCUUUGUUGAUCAGCCGAACUUUCGAUGAUCGGCCGAGCAGGAGGACUGUAACGUUACCCAAUAGAAAUACAGA